CCUGGUGUACGAGGGCGAGAUGGAGCGAGCUCAGGGUCAGCUGGAGGCCGAGAUGCAGAACCUGGAGGAGGAGAAGAACCGCGUGAUCGAGGAAGCGUUCAUCAGAGCCGAGAGCGAGAUGAAAGCCGUGCACGAGAACCUGGCAGGAGUGCGUAUGAACCUGCUGAGUCUGCAGCCGGCUCUCCGAACACUGACCUGCGACUACAACUGUCUGAAGAGGCAGGUGCAGGAGUUUCCCUUCAUGCUGGAUAAAGCCAUCACCGAGGCCAAGCAGGAGAUCUGUCAGGUGAUCAGCGAGGUGAGCUCCACCAAUCAGGAGCUGCUGAGGAAAUACAAGCGAGAGAUGAACCUGAGGAAGAAAUGUCACAACGAGCUGGUCCGACUCAAAGGUAACAUCCGUGUGUUCUGCCGCGUCCGGCCGGUGAGUCAGGACGAGCAGGACGCCGCCGACGCUAAGACGAUGCUGAGCUUCGACUCGGACGACGACGCCGUCCUCUUCCUCUCCAACAAGGGGAAGGUCAUGACCUUCGAACUCGACAAGGUGUUCGCUCCCCAGGCGACGCAGGAAGAGGUGUUUCAGGAAGUCCAGUCUCUGGUCACUUCCUGUAUCGACGGCUUCAACGUCUGCAUCUUCGCGUACGGACAGACGGGUUCGGGUAAAACCUACACCAUGGAGGGCGUAGCCAACGACCCCGGCAUCAACCAGCGAGCUCUGCGCCUGCUGUUCUCCGAGGUGACGGAGAAAGCUCCAGACUGGGAUUAUAAGAUCACCGUCAGCAUGGUGGAGAUCUACAACGAGACGCUGAGGAACCUUUUGGGGGAGAACCCGACAGAUAAACUGGACAUAAAGAUGAACCCAGACGGCAGCGGGCAGCUCUACGUUCCUGGACUCACCGAGUUCACCGUGCAGAGUCCUGAAGACAUCAACCGGGUGUUUGAGUUGGGUCACAUGAACAGAGCGACCGCCUGCACCAACCUGAACGAACACAGCUCUCGGUCUCACGCUCUGCUCAUCAUCACCGUGUCAGGAUACAACACAGCUACUGGAAACUGCACACAAGGUAAGCUGAACCUGGUGGACCUGGCCGGUUCGGAGCGUAUCGGUAAAUCAGGAGCAGAAGGAAGUCGGCUCAGAGAAGCUCAGUGUAUCAACAAGUCUCUGUCAGCGCUCGGUGAUGUCAUCAACGCCCUGAGGAGCAAACACGCUCACGUCCCCUUCAGGAACUCCCGCCUCACCUACCUGCUGCAGGACUCUCUGAACGGGGACAGCAAGACCCUCAUGAUGGUCCAGGUUUCUCCGUUGCCUAGCAACAUGAGCGAGUCCGUCUGCUCGCUGAAGUUCGCCCAGCGCGUUCGCAGCGUGGAGCUGAACGCUUCCUCGUCCUCCAGGAAACACGAGAACUCGUCCACCUCGUCCUCGCCGACACACGACAGCGUCGAGCUGGACUCGCCCCCCGUCACCCCGGUGCCCCUCCCCAUCUCACGGGCCAGCAGCGCCGGCUCCACUCUGUCCUCCGCAUCCAGGACUCCCAGCAGCACCCGAAGGAGAUCCCAGUCCCAGCUGUCCACAGACAGACAGGUAGACAGAGCCAGCCCAUUGGUUGGAGACGGUGGGCAGGACGACUGAAGCUGACGGCCUGAACGACCCGGAGUCAACGCUGAUUGGACGUCCGGGUCUGAGCGCAGGGUGUCAGCCAGCACCCUGCGCCCCCCCAACACCCCCCCCCCACCUCCACCUCCACCUGCUGGGACUCCACCUGCCCCCCCCCCCCCCCCCACCCUCCCAAACUCCUGCUGGAUCUAUUAUCCUCCUCAGCCGCCUCGUAGCAAAGACUGAUGGGAACUUUACGGCCUCUGAGAGACGGACAGACGUAUUGAUUUCUGUGUCUUGUUGCCGUGGUGAUUUUACAGCCUGACAGGACUCUUAAUGACUCGGAUGAGAAACCACUUAAGAAGCCCCGCCCCCGCUCCCCCCUCCCGAGCUCCUCCCGUCUGAACUGUACUGAAACCUUCGCUAACGUCUUUCUAACCUGAAACAUCAGUAUACGCUUUAUUUUCCAAUCACAGUAUUUUUUCUUUUCUUGUUUCUUUGUAAAGUUGCACUUUAAACUUCUAGAUUAUUUUCUAACCCACAAUCUGAGAUGUGGCUGAUUAUAAUAUAUGAUGCAUAAUAUGGUUUAUAUAUUUAUGUUUGAUGCUUUAAUCUUUUUUUUUUUUUUUUUUUUUUUGUUAAAUUUUGAGUUUUAUCUUUUUUUGCUGCAGGAUUCAGACGUGAAGGAAGAGUCGACUCGUCUUCAUGAACUUUAAUCCUCCUCAUUUUCUCACGGAGGCUCUUUACGUCCUCAAAGUCCUCCUUCUCUUAUCCAAUCAGGGUACUCCACUGAUACCGAGCUGUCCAAUAAGGACCAGAGCAAUACGCGGCGAUCCUCUCCUGUGUACGUGAUUGUCUCUUUUUUUUUUUUUUUUUUCGUUCCUGUGGAUGUUUUUUGUUUUUCACGCAGAGUGGACGAAAAAAAAAAAGAGGCUCAAAUCGUAACUUUCCUCCUCAGCUGUUAAUCUUCGGUGUUCUCCUGCCAGUCCUCACUCCGUCACCUCCGUCACCUCCGUAUUAUAAUAAAUAAAUAAAUGAAGUAGGAAAACCACAGGUGACCUUUGACCUCAGACAGAGCAGACGGUCCCGUAGCUGUUGACCCGGUGCUGCUGACGUGAUGUUUCGUGGUAGUCGUAGUAACAGGAAUGAUUAGAAACACGAUGAGCUGCUGUGUGUCUGCUUGCUUUGUGUCUGUAGGGUUCUGUAGGGUUCUACGGUUCUACAGCUUGGCUUUUUUUUUGUAUUCCCUUUUUAAUAAACACUCCAAAACUAACGCACCACU